AUGCAACAGCACCCCACUGCAUCCUCGAAGGCAACCAAUUGUCUUUUCGUUUGUGAAUUCAAGCAAAGCUACAGGCAGGACAGUGGAUUUUGGUUGGAAAGUGAAAUCGAGGAAAUCGAUGAGGUGCUGCCAUGUCCUUACGUUGCUAUACUGGUUAGGGAAAGCAGCCUUCAACUUUGCUCACUCGUCAACUACAAUGUUCGCCUGCCUCCAAAUUGCCGUAUUAAAGGCGUCCUGUUGAAGGACGGCACACAACAUGAAGAAAGAGCGGAUUUGAUCGAGAUCAAUUAA